GAAAAACUUAAGAUCCGGUUCGAUAAAGGUGCCCCAAUGGAUGCAGUGUGAUGUUUUGGUUGUGUUAUUAAAUGAAAAUUGUAGAUCGACAUUGAAUAAGAAAAUAGAAAAAAGAGGAUAAACGUUGUGGAAAAAUGGUUGUAACAAGAGACAAGGGGUUUGAAGAUAUGUAUGAGCUGGAAGAGGAAGAAGACCAAGUCAUAGAAUGUGGCGUUGAAAAUUAACAACAACCAACUACAAGUGUGAUUGAAUAGAAAAAUAAUUAAACAAGAAGAAAGAAAAAGGGUAGUAUUAAUUUGAGUCAAGUCAAACAAACAAAGCUGAUCAGGAGACAAGAAAUAAAAGCUGCAAACAGAUCUCACCUCUUUCUGCUGGAGAAAAAUUGUAUGCUAUGCUUUGGGACUUAGAAUUCUAAUAAGUAGAAAUAUUGGACCGAGACAGAGAGAGAUAUGGGAGUUUGUUUCAGUUCUAAUAACCAGAGCCCGUCUACGACUCGCAAUUUCAGCUCAGCAGGCAUAUCACAGACGACGAGCAACACGACAUCGUCAACAGUAAGCAACGUGUCGGGGAAUAGCCAAUUCUCAGCUGCGAGUGGAGUUGCUGAGGUUUAUCCAACUGGCCAGAUAUUACCCCACCCCAAUUUGAGGAUAUUUUCAUUUACGGAACUGAAGGCCGCUACAAGAAAUUUUAGAAGUGAUACGGUGCUGGGAGAAGGUGGUUUUGGGAAAGUAUACAAGGGUUGGCUUGAUGAGAGGGCUUCAUCCAGGAGUAGUGGUAGUGGCACUGUUAUUGCUGUUAAGAAAUUGAAUUCUGAAAGCUUACAAGGACUUGAAGAGUGGCAGUGUGAGGUGAAUUUUCUUGGAACACUUUCACAUCCUAACCUGGUCAAACUCUUGGGAUACUGCUGGGAAGAUAAAGAACUAUUGCUUGUCUAUGAGUUUAUGCAAAAGGGAAGCUUGGAGAACCAUCUUUUUGGAAGGGGCUCUGCUGUUCAGCCACUUCCAUGGAAUAUAAGGCUUCAAAUUGUGCUUGGCGCAGCCCGAGGCUUGGCAUUCCUACAUGCAUCAGAGAAGCAAGUCAUUUACAGAGACUUCAAGGCCUCUAAUAUAUUACUUGAUGGCUCUUACAAUGCAAAGAUAUCAGAUUUUGGCUUGGCAAAACUAGGGCCUUCGGCUAGUCAAUCACAUGUGACAACGCGGGUAAUGGGAACGUAUGGUUAUGCUGCUCCUGAGUAUGUUCAAACAGGACACUUGUACGUGAAAAGCGAUGUCUAUGGUUUUGGUGUUGUGUUAGUGGAAAUGCUAACAGGUCUACGGGCACUAGACACAAACCGCCCAAGCAACCAGCAUACUCUGGUUGAGUGGAUUAAGCCGCAUUUAUCUAAUAGAAGGAAGUUGAAGGACAAGAUGGAUUCACGGCUAGAAGGAAAAUACCCAUCCAGAGCUGCAGUUCAAAUAGCACAACUGGCAUUUUCAUGUCUUGGACCUGAACCUAAAAUGAGACCAUCAAUGAAAGAAGUAGUGGAGAAACUAGAACAGAUUGAGGCAGCUAAUGAAAGACCUAAGGAGCCUAGAAUAAGUUCCAGACAUCAGACUGCUUAUAGAUAUGGUCAACAACCUUUGCACCAUCGUUCUCCACUUCAUCCAAGGCACGAUGUAAAUCGAGCCUAUCCACUCCCAAGAAGAGCAUCAUGAACAUGAUAAAUUCUUAUAGAGCAUUGUUAAAUUAGUUGUCCAAAUACAAAUGUUCUCUGCUUUUUUGUUGCCUGACCUCUUCGAAGCCAUUGCAUGUCUAGUUGGCCUUGUAGUCUGAGCGUCUGAGGUGAAGUGUUAAGGCUCUGUAUGGCAUUGGGGUUGUGCUUGUUUAGGUGAUAUGUAAAGAGGUCAUUAUUUUGUACAUUGAAGGAGAUUCAAGACUUCGAGUCAGUAACAAGUUGCUAUCUUAUGUUAUGGAUAUCGUUGAAUAUGGAUGCUGUGGUGAUCAGAACUUAAAACUGGAAGCAGACAAUUACACUUGCACAUAGAGAUGAUGCAUCUCUCUUUGGGUCAACACAAAAUCUUUCUUCUCUUCUUAUUUUGUGUUUGGGUUCUGGAUAGAACAGUUGCACGAUGCACCCUUGUGGUUCUUUAUUCUAGACAUUAUUUCUUUAUGUUCUUA